AGGAGGAGGAGGAGGAGGAGGAUGAAGCAGGACAACGGACCUGCACCAGCUGCCUCUAAACCAGGCCAGCACCAGACAGAGUCCAGUUUUAACUGUGUAUCAGAACCUAAAGGGGUCCAGAGGUCUGACAGCGGAACAGACAACAGAGCUGAGCCCAACAGCAGACGGAGAGGAGGAGGGGGGAAGUCCCACGGGGAAAGACCCAACUCUGACAACUUUGACCGUUACCGGGACAACGGACCGUCGUACUCUUCUACGUCGUGGGCGGGGCAAGAGAAGGACUGGGGCGUGUCCCGUGGUGAGUCUCGUCCAGUGAAAGGCCAAGUGGGCAGCGGCCCAGGCUCGGGGCCACACCUCCAAAACGGUGACUCGUCAACGGAACACCGGACAGGGCCAAUCAAACAACAGAACUACUCCUCUGGUCCCGCCCCCAGGGAGAGGGAGGAGCCACACAACAGGAACAGCACUAACCCCGCCCAUAACAACUCCAACACCGCCCCUAAGAAGAGAACGGGGCAGGUCAAAGGGCAGAGAUCAGACCAGGGGCAGGUUGGGACCAUGGAGCCUGCAGUGGCUCAAGGCCUGGGGAACUUGAAACCAGGAGACCAGGUUCUAGCGCUCUACUGGGAAGACAACAAGGUACAACUAUAUUAACACUGGAGUCAUGGUUAGAUAGAUGGGAGUCAUGGUUAGAUAGAUGGGAGUCAUGGUUAGAUAGAUGGGAGUCAUGGUUAGAUAGAUGGGAGUCAUGGUUAGAUAGAUGGGAGUCAUGGUUAGAUAGAUGGGAGUCAUGGUUAGAUAGAUGGGAGUCAUGGUUAGAUAGAUGGGAGUCAUGGUUAGAUAGAUGGGAGUCAUGGUUAGAUAGAUGGGAGUCAUGGUUAGAUAGAUGGGAGUCAUGGUUAGAUAGAUGGGAGUCGUGGUUAGAUAGAUGGGAGUCAUGGUUAGAUAGAUGGGAGUCAUGGUUAGAUAGAUGGGAGUCAUGGUUAGAUAGAUGGGAGUCAUGGUUAGAUAGAUGGGAGUCAUGGUUAGAUAGAUGGGAGUCAUGGUUAGAUAGAUGGGAGUCAUGGUUAGAUAGAUGGGAGUCAUGGUUAGAUAGAUGGGAGUCAUGGUUAGAUAGAUGGGAGUCAUGGUUAGAUAGAUGGGAGUCAUGGUUAGAUAGAUGGGAGUCGUGGUUAGAUAGAUGGGAGUCAUGGUUAGAUAGAUGGGAGUCAUGGUUAGAUAGAUGGGAGUCAUGGUUAGAUAGAUGGGAGUCAUGGUUAGAUAGAUGGGAGUCAUGGUUAGAUAGAUGGGAGUCAUGGUUAGAUAGAUGGGAGUCAUGGUUAGAUAGAUGGGAGUCAUGGUUAGAUA